AUGACAAGAAUCCUUCUUCUGUGGUUGAGACCGAGAAUCGUUCAGAUAAACAAUAUGUCAAUGAAGGUAGGUUGGUGCCAGCCAGAGUGCUGUGAUACCAUUAAUGCCUGGACUAGUCAAAUCAGCUAUGUAUCGCAUUUCAGCUCCGUAAUCCCAGCCUCUCCGUCAGCAACCGCCAGAUCGUUCCCAUCACAAUGUCUUUACGACGCAAAUCAUGCAACGCGUGCUUCAAAGGCCGGCGAAGGUUAUGCGUAUCCGCCUGUCAGCGUCUCAGGUAGUCAGCCGCACUCCGAGUCAGACAAUAGCCCUACGGCUCCAGCUAUGUGUGACGACUCUUUCGCCGCGCUACCGGGUGCGUCCGGCAGCCCUGGUCUGGACUUUUUAGAGACAAGCACUAUUCCAGAGAUUUUCGAUCAAAUUCAGCAGUUCCAGUACCCACCACUUCGCCGCAGAUCUACACCAACCUGGACCCCGCCAAGUCAAUCAAGCCUAACCCGGUUCCUCGGCACCCUCGGCGAGGUCCUGCCCAUCCAAGGAAGCAGUCAAAGCUGGCAAUGGCUUAUUGAGGAGCUGAAAAUUCACCCUUCGCAGUUCGCCAAACAAGGCGAAACGAUCUUCAUACAUCGGCGGCUCUAUCGCGAGUUGAUGCCACGGUCUAUCCGAAUGGCAUUUGGCAUCUCGUCUUCGUCGUGUCUUCUAUCCGACACAAACCGCAACACGUUGUUCAAAGCAAUCGAUAACGAAGUUAAUGAGCUGCUGAACAAUACUGAGCCAGCGACCCUUCUUGAUGAUCUUGCAAGGUUACAGGCGCUUCUUCUCUACCAGACUAUCCGGUUCUUCCAGGGGACCCUCGAACAAAGGUCAACCGCAGAACAACAACAAAGCCUCCUGACGGCGCGGGCUCUUCGACUCGUCUCCCGCUCACAAAGUGAGCUCACUGGAAAUGCAGCGGAUCGGCGUGCGUGGGUUCUUGCUGAAUGCAUCCGUCGCACUGCCAUAGUGGUGUACAUGCUCUACGGUGUGAGUUCGAUAUCCCGAGAAGGCGUUUGUGUGGGACUGCAUACGCUAGCGAAACUGCCAGUAUCAACAGCAGCAACGGCUUGGAAUGCUACUGAAGAAUUAGAUCGCGAGGGUGCCGUAGACAGGACAAUAUCAUAUGAGGAUUUCCUGGCAUGCUGGCUUGUCUCUACGCCGCGACGCCUGGAUCCGUUCGAGCGGUUGUUGAUUGUUCCUUGUCAAGGCGUAGAUGCAGUUGAGGCUUUCGAUAGUCUGGCUUUAGUUGGGAGUGGAGAUUUGGCUAUCACUUGA